ACAACACUGUAUUAGAUUACAGCCAAAUCAACACUGUAUUAGAUUACAGCCAAAUCAACACUGUAUUAGAUUACAGCCAAAACAACACUGUAUUAGAUUACAGCCAAAUCAACACUGUGUUAGAUUACAGCCAAAUCAACACUGUGUUAGAUUACAGCCAAAUCAACACUGUGUUAGAUUACAGCCAAAUCAACACUGUGUUAGAUUACAGCCAAAUCAACACUGUGUUAGAUUACAGCCCAAACAACACUGUGUUAGAUUACAGCCCAAACAACACUGUGUUAGAUUACAGCCAAAACAACACUGUAUUAGAUUACAGCCCAAACAACACUGUAUUAGAUUACAGCCAAAACAACACUGUAUUAGAUUACAGCCCAAACAACACUGUGUUAGAUUACAGCCAAAACAACACUGUAUUAGAUUACAGCCAAAACAACACUGUAUGAGAUUACAGCCAAAACAACACUGUAUUAGAUUACAGCCCAAACAACACUGUAUUAGAUUACAGCCAAAACAACACUGUGUUAGAUUACAGCCAAAACAACACUGUAUUAGAUUACAGCCAAAACAACACUGUAUUAGAUUACAGCCAAAACAACACUGUAUUAGAUUACAGCCAAAACAACACUGUAUUAGAUUACAGCCAAAACAACACUGUAUUAGAUAAUAGCCCAAACAAUACUGUGUUAGAUUACAGCCAAAACAACACUGUAUUAGAUUACAGCCAAAACAACACUGUAUUAGAUAAUAGCCCAAACAAUACUGUGUUAGAUUACAGCCAAAUCAACACUGUAUUAGAUUACAGCCAAAUCAACACUGUGUUAGAUUACAGCCAAAACAACACUGUGUUAGAUUACAGCCAAAACAACACUGUGUUAGAUUACAGCCAAAACAACACUGUGUUAGAUUACAGCCAAAACAACACUGUGUUAGAUUACAGCCAAAACAACACUGUAUUAGAUUACAGCCAAAACAACACUGUGUUAGAUUUCAGUUAAACGUUCCUUGUAGUAAACCAACAUCAUACUAGGUAUGUAGGUAGUUUAAGUUAGAACAUUCCUAGAAUCCCUCCUUAAACCACCCCCUCACCAAUCUCUUGAAUGGACCAACCCUCUUUUGCAUAAAUUGUCUGUGACAGAGUAAGCCGGGUGAGCUGCAGGGUUAGGGUAAAGAGAGGCAGUGUGUGAGCACUGUAGAGCAUAGAGAUAGGAGCUGUGGACUCACAGGACUAUACUAUAGACACUACUGACUACUGGAGUCUAUACUACAGGACCACGGACAAACUACUGAAGCUAGUGGGCUGUUGACCUGAAACGGAAACUGAACAGCAUCAUGCACUGUGCUUCCUAUCCCGUCUCUGUAGGGACCACCAGCAAUAACCCAAUGUAUUGCUACAAUGUCAAAUCGGUCUAUACUCAAUCUCCAAAUCAUGACGACCUCCUCAACCCUGACUCAUCCUCACACCCCUCCUCCAAAGCUCCAGGCAACGUGUUCACGGGAACCUUUUUCAGUGAGCGACAGGGGAACAACAGUUCACCUGACACGUGGAACUCCAAUGGAAUGAACCAGCCUGGCUUUGGAGGCAUGGUGGGAGGGGCCUCAGCUCACCAAUCAGGAAGCUACAACAACAUGCAACCAGCACAUAAUCACCUGGACUAUUCUCCCCAUUCAGUCUCACCUGUAGAGGUGAACAGGGGUCUUCCUCCUAUGUCUACCUUCCACCGUAACAACCCUGCUGCAUCUCACACCCAGUCAGCCAACAGCUCAGAGAACACCACAGGAAACCACUCUACAGGAAGGUCACAGACUGGAGCAGCCCUGGGGAAAGCACUAGCUUCUAUUUAUUCUCCUGACCACACCAGUAGCAGUGAAAACUCCUCCACACCAGACAGGUCUCCAUCUCCAUCUCCACACACAGGCUCUGGCCCCCCAGCUUACCCGUGGCACACGUCUGCUCAGACCUCUGUCUCCCCCAGUUACCAGUGCUCUCCUAUAUCUCUGUCUCAGUUGGAGGAUCGUCUAGAUAGACUGGAUGAUGUGAUCUAUGUUCUGCAUAACCAUACGGUGGGACCCAUCCCCAGCCUGCCCUCUGACAUCCACAGCCUGUUGAACCAGGCCAACCAUGGACACAUCCACAACACCCCACUACCAGGGACACACCAUAGACACAGACCCACCACGGCACAUGGCACAGCCAUGGUAGACACUGUCAAUCUGAACAACAACUCCCACCCUGCACUGCAGAGACGUUCACAGAAUCAAAAUGGCCACUCCUUCCCGGCAGGACUAGGUGGCUUGGAGCUGAAGUUGGAGGGUCUGGAGAGAGAUGAGCAGUAUGAGCUACAUCACAGCCAUCACAACCAGGGUCACAGACACAGACACAGCUCUGACAGCCACAGCCAGCGCUCCGAUGAGGAGAGCGAGUCCCACAAGACACAAGGAGACAGCAUGACCAGCAGCAUCCAUGAAGAUGAGGACAACCUGAGCCCGGAGCAGAAGGCUGAGCGGGAACGAGAGCGGCGGAUGGCCAACAACGCCCGCGAGCGCCUGAGGGUCCGUGACAUCAACGAAGCUUUCAAGGAGCUGGGUCACGUGACCCAGCUGCACCUGAAGAGCGAGAAGCCGCAGACCAAGCUGCUGGUUCUUCACCAGGCCGUGGCUGUAAUACUUAGUCUAGAACAACAAGUCAGAGAGCGUAACCUGAACCCCAAGGCAGCCUGUCUGAGGAGGAGGGAGCAGGAGAAGAUGUCAGCUGGGUUAACAGAUGCCCAGGGCCUGCAGCAACACCAGGCAUCACUACAUCCUGGACUAGAUGCAUCUAACCCCAUGGGACAUCUAUAAACAUUUGACAGUGUGGAGGAGGAUCAUCCUGAGACGGUUAAAGACCAUCCAAGACCAUCCAAUGACAUCCAAGACCAUCCAAGACCAUCCAAGGCCACCCAAGACCAUCCCAGGACAUCCAAUGCCAUCCAAGACCAUCCAAGACCACCCAAGACCAUCCAGGCACAUCCAAGACCAUCCAAGACCAUCCAAGACCAUCCAAGACCAUCCAAGGCCAUCCAAGACCAUCCAAGACCAUCCAAGACCAUCCAAGACCAUCCAAGGCCAUCCAAGACCAUCCAAGACCAUCCAAGGACAUUCAAUUGUUUCUCUGUAAAGUAAGCUACGAGACUGUAAAGUAAGUAAGCUAAGCUAUGAGACCAAGAGACAGAAAAAGUGUUACAGCAGCUCAAUAGUCACGAUAGGGACAUUUCCUGAAGCUCCUGUUGGAAUUUGACCUGUGCCUAAACGUAUAACUUGUUACUGACAAAUGCAUUUUAACCAGCAAGUGUUUUGUAUGUUUUUUCUAUUCGUUGUACAGUGAAGAAGAAAAAAGGUAACUCUUUUUUUUGGGGGUAAUAAUAAUUCAAUGUUUAAUUAAUAUUUUUAUUAUAUUCUCCUAUGUCAGUAUUCGACCUCUUAGGGUGGUACAAGUUUAGCUGUACACUCGUGUGCGCGCUUGGCCAAGUCAGAUUUUUUUUGUGCUUUUUGUUUAGGCUACAAUUGGAAUAAUACUUAAUUGUUCAGAGUUUUUAUUCAUAAUAUUGAUUACUUUUUAAUAGCUUUUUAUUGUUUAUAUUUUCUACAAUUACUAAUAAGUAAAUAUCUGAAUUACAGAUCUUUAAUUUUAAACUAAGUAUGUGUUUCUUCAGAAGACAGUGUAAAUAUUUAUCUUUAAUUAAGCAAUCCCUGAUUUUCUGUAUAUUGGGGAGAUUUCCAGCUUCCUUAGUCCGAUUGCCCACUCUCUCUUUGGGCUACCGGACUCUGGGUUGCCCACUCUCUCUUUGGGCCUUUGGGUUACCAGGUGCCGGUGGUACUUUUCAGCCUGGUACCCACCUUCCUUAGUCCGAUUGCCCACUCUCUCUUUGGGCUUCCGGACUCUGGACUCUGGACUCUGGACUCUGGACUCUGUAUAUGGGGAGAGCUCCAGAAUGGGGAAUGUCUUUGUAAAAAACCUUCCAGUUAUUUACAGUUAUGUUGUAUGUCAUCUUCAGUAAAUGUUAACCAUUAUAUUAAUAGUAAUGUGUACAGAAGUUCUGCUCAUAUAAUGAAAUAAAUGUUUGUUUUUUAGAUAUCAGAAGUAUUUCUUAUUUAUCCCUUUCAACAGUAUCAGACAAGACAUAUAGUAUGUAUUAUUCGAGGUGUUAAUGAUGAUGAUGAAGAUGAGGAGGAUGAACACCUGCGCAAUUUGCUGAAUAUUUUUUUUAUUUUUUUUAUUUUUUAUUAACAAAUAUCAACAAACAUGCAAAAACAAGCGUACAUACAAACUAUUAACAUCGCCAGGAAUCCUAAACAAACAAACCACAUUCAUUAUUAAUACAACAAGUUUGAAUUGCCUUUCUGUUUUUCAUUUUAGUUAAAGUAGUGCCCUAUUGUUUAAAUUAUUUUAUAAAAUGGGGGAAAAAAAAGUUCGGUUUUUGAUUUAGACCAUUUGCAUUUGUGAAUAGGAAAAGUACCUAAUAUAUAUUACCUAUACCUAUACCUAUAUAUAUAUAGUACCU